AUGUCUACCACUGCCAAGUAUCGAGUAGCAAUUUGUGGUGCAGGUGUAGGCGGGUUAACACUCGCAGUUGUUCUCGGAAAAUACUCGAACGUCCCCAUUGAUCUAUACGAGACUCAGGCAGAUGUCACCAUUACAGGAGCCGGAAUAUCGGUCUGGCGCAGGACGCGAGAAAUAAUGAUAGAACUUGGCUUGUACUCCGACCUAGGUGAAGUAACUACACACCCUCCUGAUGCCAGUCAUGGCCCUUCUUUCCGAAAAUCAGAUAUUCCUGAAGGAGGUAUCAAAUGGUUUGAUCAAAUCUUCACUUAUAGCCCAACCAACCUUCACCGUCGUGACUUGGUAAAUCUCCUCGUACGACAUCUAUCACCAAGUUGUACGAUCCAUACUAUGAAACGCUUGAAAACCUAUACACAAGACGACUCUGGCGGCUUGACCUUGCACUUCUCGGACAAGAGCACGGCGUUAGCAGAUGUACUCAUUGGCGCCGAUGGGAUUAGGUCCGCUACGCGUAAAGCACUCUUUGAAGGAUUGGCAAAGACCAGUCCAUCAGAAAUCGAUGUUCAACGUUUGUCAGAAUAUAUUGAUUCUAAAUGGACAGGAACCGUCGUUUACAGAUCACUGAUUCCGACUGAAAGAUUGGAGAAACUUUACCCCGGGAGUUCAGCUACGGGGAACAUGAUGUUUUACUGCGGCAAGAAUAGACAUAUCAUAACUUAUCCUGUUUUGCGGGGCACCCUCAUCAACGUAGCAGCUUCCUGCACUAAUGUGGAAGAUAUCGGCAAAAAAAUUGAAGGACACUGGGUCUCUAAUGUAUCACAACAGGAACUUCUAAACUCUUUCAAAGAUUUUGAGCCCGAGGUUAGGGCUAUUCUUCAGUGCUGUGAGAGACCAUCCAAAUGGGCGCUUCAUGUAACGAAUGAUUUACAUAUUUCGACCUCGGGACACGUUGCGAUCAUUGGCGAUGCGUGCCAUGCCAUGACGCCCAAUCUCGGGGCUGGUGCAGGGCAGGCUAUUGAGGAUGCCUUUAUUCUCGGCCGACUCCUAUCCCAUGAGCUCACAACUCUGUCUAACCUACCCGAUGUCCUUCGUAUAUACCAAGAUAUACGACUGCCGGUUGCCACACAAAUCUCUCAAAGAGCUGCUAGCACCGGGUACAUGUACGACUUCGUGGCGCCUGGGUAUUACGAUGGCAAGGACCGGUCAGAAGAAGAGGAGGGACUUGCGCGGCUGAAAGAUGCUAUCAAUGAGAACUGGGAUUGGCUUGCACAGGAAGGAUCCUUGAGCGAAUGGACAGAGGCAGAACGCCGCCUAAAGGAAUUGGCGUCACAACCUUAGAACACGCAGUGCUAUUCCUGGGUGACCAGGUUUAGAAGUAUUGAUUGUCCUGAUCUCUAGCAGGAGCCCGUACGUAUUUUCGCCUCGCUCAAACCGUAUUACACCCUCGUCUGGCGACACACAAAUUCUCGAGACUAUGUUUCCCGUAGAGCCUUGCUAUUAAUAUUGCUGCUGGCAGUAAUAUACCUUAGAGACUCACUCAAAGGGAUAACCGGAAAUCUAAGGGAGGGAAACACGAGGCACCGGCUACUGUCACUCGCAAAGAUUCCUGUCAGCUC